GAGAAUGGGUCGAUAUCAAUUGAUGACAUUUCUAGAUCAAUAAAAGCAACAACAUCGUCACUCUCGCUCAUUCAUCACGAACUCCAAGCCAACACUCUCACUAAACCCACUCACUCAUUACGCCCGGCUGGCCCUCAACCUUCACCUCUCAAGAUGAAGGCCCCAAAAACACCAGAAUACGAAUUUGGCGGCCCCAUCGGCGCCACAGGCAUCGUCUUUGGUCUUCCAAUUCUCAUGCAACUCCUCUAUCUCGGCUGCAACGAUGUUUCAGGAUGUCCCGCGCCAGCGCUUCUUGAGCCUAAAACAUUGACGUGGCAAAAGUUCAAGGAGCAAACGCCUUGGCCGAAGGAGGGCAUCUGGGGAUUCAUGAGCUGGGAGGUCACGGGGUGGCUUCUUGCUUAUUAUUUUCUGAGUCUGGUGCUUUAUCGUGUUUUGCCGGCGCAGGAGGUUUAUGGGACGAAAUUGAGGGAGUCGGGCAAGGCUCUGAAGUAUCGCUUCAAUUCCUUUUCCUCAAGCGUUGUGCAGUUAGUCGCCUGCGCCGUUGGAACUUACAUCUACGGCGCUGAAUUUCCUGUCUGGACCUUCAUGACCACCAACUACCUCCAACUUCUCACCACAAGCACCGUCCUAACUUUCAUCGUCUCACUUUACGUCUACAUCGGCAGUUUCUCCGUCAAGAAGGGCAAUCCCGAGCUGCGCGAGUUAGCAAGAGGUGGACACACCGGCCGCAUUAUCUACGACUUCUUCAUCGGUCGUGAGCUCAACCCUCGCGUCACGCUUCCCAUUUUCGGUGAGAUUGACAUCAAGUCUUGGUUGGAGAUGCGCACUGCUCUUACAGGCUGGAUCUUGUUCAACUGUGCAUUUAUUGCGCAGCAGUAUCGGAACUACGGCUAUGUUUCUGAUAGUAUCUUGGUCAUCGCUACGGUUCAAGCUUACUACGUGCUUGAGGGUCAGUACUCAGAGCUUGGACUCCUGGGUAUGAUGGACAUCACCCAAGAUGGUCUUGGAUUCAUGCUUACCUGGGGUAACAUGGUCUGGGUUCCUUUCCUUUACUCGACUCAGUGCCGCUACCUCUCUGUCUACCCCGUUCAUCUGGGACCUGUCGGUGUUUCCGCUAUCGCCACUGUCUUUGCCAUCGGGCUGUACAUCUUCCGAUCCUCCAACAACCAGAAAGCUCUCUUCCGCAAGGAUCCCAAUCACCCUGCCUUUGCGAACAUGACCUUUAUCCAGACCAAGCGCGGAACCAAGCUUUUAACCGGCGGAUGGUGGGGAAUGGCCCGUCACAUCAACUACUUUGGCGACUGGCUUCAGUCUCUUCCUUUCUCGCUGCCGACCAAAUUCGCUGGCUACGUGAUUCUGCCAGCUGGUAGUGCUGUAGCUGGCAAUGAGGUCGUCAAGAUGCUUGAUGGCCGCUUGGUGACUCCGGAUGGUGCUGCGCCUUGGGGUAUGCUGUUUACGUACUUUUACUCAGCUUGGUUCGGGUUCCUGCUUAUUCAUCGGGAGAGAAGAGAUGAUGCUGCUUGCAUUGAGAAGUAUGGCAAGGAUUGGGAUGAGUAUAAGAACAAGGUUAGAUACAGGAUCUUGCCUGGUGUAUACUAAAGGGUAUAACUAUAACGGCAAUGAGAGGGAGUAGCUUCGACUAGCUGUAUUAAUACGAAAUACCUAAGUCGUCUGGUGCAUACACAUUUGAGAGUAUCUGACAUUUAGUAAACCUUGCUGAGAUCUCAUAGGCUUUACCCGUGAACCAAGAAGAGAGGGAAUUGGAAAUGUAAUAGAAUAGAUAAAAAGUCGGCGGAAGCUUAAAAAAAGAAACAUUUUAAAUAUAAAUUAUU